AGUUCUAUUUACAGAAUAACCUAAUAAAUGGGCACAUAAAGUUCACUUUCCCUUCCAGCGAGCUCCGUCGAGAUUGCUCAAAACUAUUGACGUAGGGAUCCAGAUCGAAACCACCAAACCAAACCAAACCAAACCAGAGAGAGCGAAAAGCACAAGAAAGAGAGAAAAGAUGGCGAUGGCUUUCAAAAUGGCGACGGAAGGCAUGAAGGUGAGGGAAGAAUGCCGGGAGUGUUUCAUGGAGAUGAAAUGGAAGAGAGUUCAUCGAUACAUAGUGUUCAAGAUCGAUGAGGGCUCGAGGGCCGUGAUGGUCGAUAAGCUAGGCGGCGCCGCCGAGGGAUAUGCAGAUCUCGCCGCCUCACUCCCCCACGACGAUUGCCGAUACGCGGUCUUCGAUUUCGAUUUCGUCUCCAUCGAUAAUUGUCAAAAGAGCAGGAUCUUCUUCAUUACCUGGUCUCCUACUGCAUCAAGGAUUAGGGCUAAAAUUCUGUAUGCAACCUCAAAGCAAGGGCUAAGAAGAGUGCUUGAUGGUGUCCACUAUGAAGUGCAAGCUACUGAUCCUUCUGAAAUGGGCAUUGAUGUCAUCAAAGAGAAGGCCCUGUGAUUUUAUUAUUUCCUAUUAUAUAUAAUAAAUAGCCAAGGUUAUGGUGCAUUUACGUACAUGCCACAUAAUUUUUAUGUAUUUAUAUAUCUAACACCUAAAUAUUAAUAUUCACAUGGAUGCCACUCAAAAUCCUUAACCACCUAUAAAAACUUAUCAUCAUCACUUUUUUUUUAAAAAUGGAAAUACAAAUACACCUUUUCAUGCAUAGUUUCAUGAAAUGAAGGUGUAAUAAGCGUAAAUAUCAAUUUUUGGGUGUUUGAUAUGUAAAUAUGAAAGAAUUGUGUGGUAUGUAUGUAAAUUUUCUUAUAUGUAUGUUUAAGUGCAGGCGGCAUUAAUUUUCCUCUUCUAAUUUUCCAAUUUCAUCUAUAACUUCUGGGGUUUUAGAUAGUUCGGAGCUUUGUUUGGAUUGGAAAUUUGAGUGUAAGAAAAUGAAAAAAAGAAGUUUUAUUGUCAAAUUAAGGAUAUGUUUGAGACAACUUUCUGUCAGCUUCAUGUUUUAAGUCGUAGCCUUAGCUCUGGAGAACUUCUUUCUUGUUGUUUUAUAGAAAUCUUUGUUGCAAAAAACGUUUUUUUUUUUAUCUUGCCUUAUUAAAGUACGUUGGCUAUAAGAAAGUUGUUGUUUGAUUUUUUUAGAAAUAACAUAUUUAUAACUCCCAUUGCAUCUUCCUAAGAAGUUCUUUUU